GACGACCGUAUCGUCGUCGACGUUUUACUGAAAGCGAGUCGCGAGGGGAGGGGAUCCGAUAACAGUUUCAAACAGACUGUAUACGCCGAGGCUGCUACGCAGUUGAACCAGGUGAUCACCAAGGGAGGUUACAAGACCGCAGCGAAGGUCCAGGACCGUUGGCAAGUGGUACGAACCCAGUUUCACCGGCCAAUUGACAGCCUGCUCAAGAUGUCUGGGGCAGGCUGGGAUCCUGUUAACAACUGUGUUACUGCAGACGACGACACGUGGCGUCGAGUAGCGGCAGCACCGAUGAGAGGAGUGUCCUGGGACCUCUUCGGUGACGUUUCAGAGAUUGUAAACGGUAAAACAGCUACCGGUCAAGACGUUCUAGAC